AUCGAUUGUAUUCAUGAAACUUUAUAAAUGGAUAUAGGUGUAUUUGCGUGCUUUUGCUUGAUUGUUUCUUAACGCUAUAUGCUGGUGACUAACUCACGAAGUAAUACCUAAUUCGAAAACAUGGACUAAUGCUUAUCAUCAAGUCAUGUUUCACAAAGAUGCUCAGGAUAUACUGAAGAACAAAAUCGACGCUGUAGACAGAUAUAGGCAUGAAGUCCUCCGUUUCCUCAUAGACCUAAGGGAUGUUGGCAUUCAAGGAAGGGAACACAUCCAUGAAAUGUAUAAGAAAAGUGGUGUCGACGGAAGGCGCAACUACCAGUACAUAGCUAUUGCAUUAGUUUCACUUCAGGAAAUCAUACAAGAGGAUCAUUCUAUUGUAGAACAGUUCAGGAAGUACGUAAUCGAACUCGAUGAAGUCAAUUCGAGCAGAACGCUUCUAUUUCAACGAGUGUCGGUUGUGAUGAACAGUACUCUCAAAAGUUUGUCUUUCCAUGGCGAACGCCGUGUGUUUGAUCCAGAUAAACGCUACUUGUUUGAAAACAUAGAUAGCAGAGUGAAAAACAGUUCAGCGUUAGUAGUAACCAAUAAGGUCCACUAUUGCUUAGACAAUAAUAUUUUACAUCAAAUGCAUUUAGAUUAUGUUAAACAUUUUCAAACAACCGAAGAAAUGAUAAUAUUACUAUAUUCUCAUAAUAUUCCAUGUGAUAUACCAUUUAAUGAAUGUUAUUUAGUUCUUACAAAAUUCGUGGACAACGCUAACGAAGUUAUUUCUUUGGGCUAUGACAAAGCUUUUACGACAACAAAUGAGGAAAAAGUAAUUCAGCAUCUUCGUAAUAACGACAAAAUCAAACUAUUUAACCCGGGUGAGAUUAUGUUAGAACUUGAAAGAAUAAUGCAGUUGGCUUUUGCAUUUCCAGAAUGUUCGGAUGAUGAUGAAGACGAUCAUGCAGAAAUAUAUCUUGAAGCUUCAGUUCGGAUUCCACACCGUUUACAUUUAUGCAAUAAAUAUCUGUCUAGGACAUGUCAACGGUUAAGUCCCAAAAGCCAGACUAUCAACAUAAAAGAUACCAAAAAGACAUUCUCCACGAGAUUUUGUUCAUGUGUGAAAGAAUCUGCUAAAUAGCUCACCUGAGCACGAGGUUACAUAAUUUGAUUUUGUUGUCUACUUUCAUAGUCGUUCAAUGUCGUCUAUUUGCUUGAACAAUUCCAUUUCAAUUUUUGGUGGGAUAUAUCUAAACUAUUUAAGAAUUUUUCUUGGCCGUAAUGUUAAUCAUUUCUCUCGAUAUUUAGAAACAUUUGUGUUUAUUAAUGACGGCUUGACAGUAACUGACCACACUAUGGUAAUAUUGUUUCAUUUUCAGCAUUUUAGGCAAUCAAUGUGAACUAAAGUUUGUAGUAUGCGUUUAACGCUUUGAAGUGAUGUUAUGCGCAUCUAACAUUAUAUGCUAUGUUUAUAGAUGUCUAUCGCAACCGUUGUUUAUUUUUGGCGUUUUCACUUUAUACACACUUAUAUUUGUUAAUGUAGCAUCAACAUACUUAAACAUUAUCCCGAAAAGAGAAAAAUAAUGCAUUUGAAUAUCAACCGUUAUUUCGUUUUGACAACUGACGACAGAAAUUAUUCGAUGUACAAUGUGAAUCUAAAUUAAGUUUUAGAGCAGAUUCGUUCAUAGACAACACACGAACACUCACUCCGAUCCUAAUAAACGGACAGUUCCGCUCGGCUUAGUGGACUGUACAGUCAUGUAAAAUAUCGAAUAUAUGAUAUAUUUUUAUAAACAACUGGUAGCAAGAUGAGUUGCAGAUAAUUGGUCAGUUACCACAUUUUAACUAACUAUUUUGACCUGUUAAUUCUGUUAAGCUCAUUUCAACAGUAAAAAAGCCCAUAAUAACGCUUUAAGAAUAGGAUAUAUAUAUCAUUAGAAACGAUAUUUAAACAUAUAGUUAAUCCGCUCAAAAAUACGAUAUCGAAACGAAAAAAAUCGAUAGAAAGCCCAUAGUCAUUAUUAUUAGUAAAAACCAUUUCGGUAGUCAGAACAUUGCUAAUCAAGAAAGAUACAAGAAGAUUCAUUAUAGACGAUAUUUAACAGCGAAGUGAUCCUUUAGCAAGCAUACUAAUAGUUGAUUGUUCUGAUUAACCCUUUACCCCUUAGAUACGUAUUUUCACGCAUUCGUAAUCUCUUAGAAAGUUAAAUUAAACUUAAGACCUUUCUUACUGUAUUUAAGUUUUGAAAUGUUGUUUUUUGCCAACCCUUAUAUACGGAUGAGCAGCAAAUACGCCAUUUUAUAUAUAUAUGGGGAGCAGGUAGUUGCCAGUUUGGGGUUCCUUUCUUACUUCCGUCAUACUUAUGUUACCGUUUCUCAUAGCGCCUUCAAUAUUUUACCGAUCUCUUACAUAUUUGGCAUGUAGGUACCUUGCAUGGACCUCUAUCUUUUGAUGAGGUUUAAGGUCACAGGGGUCAAGGUCAACAAGGCUAAUUAUAUAGUUUAUCAAGGUCACAAUUUGGUUACAGUUUCUCAUAGCGCCUUCAAUAUUUUAUCGAUCUCUUAUAUAUUUGGGAUGUAGGUACCUUGCAUAGACCUCUACCUUUUUGAUGAGGCUUGAGGUCACUGGGGUCAAGGUCACUGAGGCUAACAAUAGAUUUUCUCAAGGUCACACUUUUUUCCAUACAAUUAAACCAUAUAUCGACAAAACAUCCUUGGGGAGCAUCCAUCAGUCUUACUGAUAUCCUUGUC